AUGGGAGGGAGAGAAUUGAUUCCCUUGCAUGUCAAGAAGAAGCAGAAGCAGAAGCAGCAGAACAACAACAACAACAACAACAAUAACAAUGACAAUUGGAGACAAGUUGGAACCACGAAACCAGGAACAGGAACCGGCGAUUACCAAAAAUACCCGCCCGAAUACCGGCCACUGAUUGAUUGCUUGAUUGGGGAGCAACGCGGGGUCGUCUCUGGCCGGGCGGCGGUGAAUAGAGGAAUUGCCUACUCUGGUACUUAUCUACUUACUGUGGACGCUGUAACAAAGGAGGGAACUGCUCUAAAGUAG